UCAAUAAUGUUAUUUAUAAUUGCAACAAAAGUUAAAAGCUCGUGUCCUAUUUUGCAAGUGUAAUAAUAAAAUCAGUGUUAGAUAUGAAAACUAGAACUUAUUAUACAUUUGAGUCUUUGUUUGACGCCACGCCUCAGUGGUUACAGUGUUGACUUUCGGAUAAUGUAUUCUUACUUUGUGAAACCACAUUUGAAUUAUCGAGUAACUAAUUUAAUCUUUAGUUCUCUACUGUAACUAGGAAACACAUUAUGCGUUAAGAAAACAGAUAAAUUUUUUCGUGUCUCUAUGUUUAUGAAGAUGGAACUUAUUCUUAUUUUGGCUAUUAUCCCUCUGGGAUUGGCUUACGACAAAGCAUCAUUCUAUGGAGCCAGCUUUAUAACAUACCCACUACAAGAAGCAAAGGGUGUCACGGACAUCAGUUUUAGAUUUCGAACACAUCUGUCUGAUGCAUUGUUGCUCCUGGCCGCAGGGAAAACUGACUAUUGCAUGAUCAAGUUAGAGACUGGGAGAAUAAAACUGCAUAUAAACCUGGGUGCUGGUGAAAGUGAACUGUCGUCCCCUAAAGGAAUAUUUCUCAAUGACACUCAAUGGCACCAUGUCAGCAUCGUCAGGAGGGAAGCUAAUUUAACUAUGAAGGUUGAUGAUACUACUGUGAGAAAAAGACUACCUGGAAGAUUUUUUGAAUUGAACAUUCACUUUGGAGUAUUUCUGGGAGGGCAGGGUGAUUUCUCUGAACUGUUUCUGGGCCACAUGGAAAACUUCAGAGGCUGCAUGGAGGAUGUAUUUUAUAAUGGUGUUAAAAUAAUAGAAAAAGCUAGAAGUCGCAGUGCCUCAGUGCAUGUGGAGGGUGUCACUUGGAACUGUGCACCCGAAUUUGAUGCAGACAUUAAUUCGGACAUCAGUUUUAUUGAUGAAGGGGCCUAUCUUAUACUCCCCAAGAUAAACUCUAGGGCUGGAGGAAGAUGGCAGAUUGAAUUCAAGACAAUAACACCUAAUGCCAUAAUUCUGUACAAUCCUGGAGGAGGGAGAGGCUCAGUGUCGGAUUUCCUUGGCGUUGAAAUAUUGGAUGGAGUGGUCAGGGUCAAAAUGGCGCGUGGACAAAUCGUACACACUGUGAGAGUCAGCGAUGGGCAGUGGCAUAAAAUACAUUUGUUGUUCAAUCCUUCUCUGAUAGAGCUCUCUGUGGAUAAUAUAGCAAUGAGUACAAGAAUCGAGAGUGGAGGUACUCGGUAUUUAGAUCUCUCUGACUCCUUCUACCUUGGAGGCAUCGAAACUGACAAGCGUCAGAGGGCCUUCGCUAAAGGAAUCAAAGCAGCUGAUUCCAGUAUAAUGGGCUGCAUAAAACCGAUAGAGGUAGAUGAUAAAAUAUACGGGCUGCCAAACUCGGUGGUGACUUACGGCGUGAGCCCUAAGUGCAUUUGGUGGUACCCGUGCCACGCCAGCCCCGCAAACCCGCCUUGCGUGCCACAAGCCGUGUGCGAGCAGCAUGGCGUCGAUCACUUCACGUGCAAAUGCGACUCUGACCUAUGCAUUAACCCUGACUAUGCUGAAAAGUACAAGGUAUUCUCAAAAUCCAGCAGCGAACUAGAGCUGGUAUCACUGUAUCCUCUAACAGUGCUAGAAGGCGGGGUGGCUGUGAUCACGACGCAGAACAUCGACGUAGUGUUAGACCACCACAAGUACGGCGUGCGACCCUCAGGGGUCGUGUUCCAUCUGACCCAGUCCCCGCAACACGGGAGGAUAGCUAUCGAUUUGUCUCCGCAAAGGAACUCUCCACAGUAUUCCAAUUAUCUUGACGGCGACGGCAAGAUGAAGCAAUUCUUUACGCUCAUGAAUUUGUCAAGAGACAAGGUUAGGUACGUUCAUGACGGUUCUGAGAAUCAUCAAGAUUCAAUUGUACUCGACAUGGAGCUUAUUCCAGAGACUAAAUUUACUCUACCAAGCUACUUGCAAGGAAGGAAUACUUUUGUCUUACAUGUCAACGUCACUCCGGUCAAUGACCCUCCGGUCCUCAAUUUGCUUCCGGCUAAAGUAUUAAGACUGACACAGGGAACGCGUAAAGUUAUCACUUCAGAUAUUCUAAAGGCGGAAGACCCUGACACGCUACCGGAGGAUCUGCUAUACACUGUGUUGCACGGAAAAAAUGAACUGCAGAGUGGUCAUAUUGAGAUGUCCGGACAACCAGUAGAUUCUUUCACACAGCAAGACAUUGACUCUGGAGUCAUCUCAUACGUCCACGGAUCGAAUAAUGAGAAACAACUGAAUAAAACAUCACUGAAAGUCACCUUACAGGUCUCAGACGGCAUUGAAACCAGCGGCCCGGCGAUUCUGCGCAUAUCAAUAGUACCCCUCCAAGUGCGCCUCAUAAACAACACUGGCCUACAGCUUGUGCACAAUUCAUUCGCCAUCAUCACAGCUGACAACCUCACUUUCACCACCAAUGCUGACGAGAGCAAUGUGCAAGUCAAGUAUGACAUAGUCAAGCCUCCUCAGUUUGGAGUGAUAGAACGACUGCGAGUCUUGGACGGCACUUGGCAGACAGUGGACUCGUUCACAAGUGAGAUGGUCACCUUCCGCCGCGUUCGCUACAUGCAUCUGCUCGGAAACCCUUCCCAUGACGAAUUCAAGUUCAAAGCUUCAGUGGGCACGAUUCGAACGAACACUUUGUACGACUUUCGACUGACUUUCAUCAAACUCGAUCUUUACCAAUCGGUUAAUGAAGAACUGGUUUUAAAUAAUACCAGAGAAGCGUUCAUUUCGGCGCAACAUUUGAAAUUCAAAACGAAGCCGAUUGGCUUACCGAGCGAUCGAAUUCUUUAUACGAUACUUAAGUCGCCCAAGUAUGGCAUACUGCACCUUUCUUCCGGGAAGUAUCAUCUGCAAACACACAGCACCUUUACUCAGCAACAUAUCGACACCGACCAGCUGUGGUACCGCCUGCAUAGACGGGCGUACUCUCACAUCCAAGACGAAUUCUCGUUUGUAGUUGGAGCUACCGAGUGUGAAAACAUAACUGGAGUAAUGACGAUUCGACACACGCCAGCCUACUCCACUUCGGAACAUUCGCUGGGACGUGUGCAUACGACUUUAGAACGACUACAGGUUAUGGAAGGCUCUAGAAUGGUCAUACCUACUACUCAUCUUAAUUUCCGAACGGAGUCUGUUACAAAUCUUGUUUUCAAUAUAACCCAUUUACCGAGACACGGAAAAAUCGAAGUAAUAAGCGAAAGCUUAAAAAUAUUGAGAGACAACACCACUUAUUUCACAUUAAAGGAACUAAAUUCAGAUAGGGUUUACUACUCACACGAUGAUUCCGAAAGUAGACACGAUUCUUUUCAUUUUAUGGCUCUUAGUCCUGAACCCGAAGAUUUUCAGUAUGUUGGGGUGUUUCACAUCGAUAUAAUACUAAAGAACGACAACAGCCCGGUGAGGGCGAACGAUAAGGUGUUUCACAUCGUACACGGCGGCGCCCGCCUCAUCACGGCCAGGGACCUGAGCUACACCGACGCCGACCUGGACACGAAGCCGGCAGAUAUCAUCUACACGAUACAAAGAUUCACUAAAGACCCGCCGAACGGAGGCAUAUACAGAGCCGAUAAUCCCGCCGAACAGAUUGCUCAAUUCUCCCAGGACGAUAUUAAUAAGAACCUGGUACUAUUCAAACAUCAAGGUAAAGAGUACGGCAAGAUGGCAUUCUGGAUAUCAGAUGGUUUAUUCGACGUGAACGGAAAUCUUGAGAUUCAAGCGUCGCCGCCGUUUAUUAGAAUGUAUCCCACAAACGGGUCAAUAGUGGAAAACGGUAAAGCGGUUGUGAUUACGACGAGGGAUAUGCAAGUGGACACGAACAUGAACUGUUUGGAGGAAGACAUUCGGUACGAGGUGACGCUGGAGCCGAAGCAUGGCGCUAUUGAGGUCGGGGAGGGGCAAGGAGCGGUGACGUUCUCACAGCUGGACGUGGCAGCCGGCCGCGUGGCCUACCGCCAUCGCGAGCCCCGGACUCCUGCCGACCAGUUCAGGUUUAAAGUGAAGUGUCUGGAAGCUUGGGGUGAAGGGAUAUAUCCAAUCAAAAUAUUCCCAUCAAGUUAUUGGGAGCCGCUCAAAGUAACGACUAAUCGUCCUCUAGUAGUCGAAGAAUCUACGAGUGUCAACAUCACCAAAGAUGUGUUAGAGGUCAUGCAUCCACAAAUCGAGCCAUCGAACAUAAUUUUCCAAGUUACGCAAGGCCCGUAUCAUGGGUGGUUAGAAAUCACCGCCACCCCAGGCGUGGUCGAGGUUGAGACUUCAAACGAGGAACCAGCGCACACGACCGUGUUCGACCAGUCCAUUAUUAACGGCAACCGUCUCGUGUACACGCAGUCCGGCGUCAACCGCACCAGAGACAAGAUCGUCAUGGACGUCACCAAUGGCAUCGUUUGGCUGAGAAACGUUGAGUUGAACAUAAUAAUAAUACCAGAACAUUUUUAUGUAACCGUAUCCAAUUUGACAGUCGUCGAAGGAGAAGCCAUCAGCAUUAAACCAGAAAUGUUCCGCACGAUAACAGAGUACUAUAGAGGAAAAGUGGUAGCCUACAAGGUACUAGAAAAACCUAAAAAUGGAAAGAUUUUGAUGGGCGAUCAGGAACUGAGUUUGCUGCCUGUUCUCAAACUCAAUUCUGGAAAUAUUCAGUAUGUAAACGACGGCUCCGAGGAGUCAUCGGACUCGUUCAAGCUGGUGGCAGCGACAGAGAACAACAAGGAGAGCGAGCCGUUCACGGUGCGCGUGAGUGUGGCGCCGGUGAACGACGAGACGCCCAUCGUGGCCGCCAACACCGGCCUCUGCGUGUGGGAGGGCGGCACCUUCACCUUUACGAGGAACGAGCUGUAUGUGAACGACAUUGAUACACCACUAGAAAAUGUUACAAUAAUCGUGGUUGAUAUAGUUUCUGGGCAUAUCGCUAUGAAGGGGAAUAUCCACGAGCCCGUCACGCGCUUUACGCAAGCUGACAUUGAUAACGGGAAUGUGGUGUUCGUCCACAAAAAUGGCUCAAAAGGCAAAAUGAUCUUCAACGUUACGGAUGGCCUACACGAACUGUCUAAAAUUACAUUUCUUAUUACAACAAAAUCUGUAUCUUUGAAACUUAUCAGAAAGCAGAAUCUUCGGGUUUUCCCUCUAAUGAGAGAACCAUUAAAUAACUAUUUGCUGAUGGCUAAGUGCUCAGAUUAUACCAGAACCAUUGUCUAUAAAAUAGACAGGACACCGUCUCUGGGCAGACUGAUUAUGCUAAGCGAAGACAGCCACCACAAGUCUAUCAAGCAGUUUACACAGGAAGACGUCAAUAACACUCUCGUCUACUACGAACAUACACAUCCUUUUUCAGAUUUGCACACGAACGACUCCUUUAUAUUUACGGUUGAAGCCGCACUGGCUAAACCGAUAACGGAUCAAGUUUUCAACAUCGAUAUAUCGGUAUCCUCGGGAGGCUUAGCUAAAUAUGUUCAUGUACCUCAGAUUAAGGUGAACGAGGGUGAUAAGGUUCCGAUCAAAGUGAACGUUACGAACGUAGUAGUGUACCUGGAGAGCCAGGCCGGGCUGCGGCAGCCGCAGGUGGAGGCGCAGUGGUCGCAGCCGGCGCACGGCGCGCUGCAGCCGCCCGUGUCCUCGCUCACGCAGGCGCAGCUCGAGGCCGGCGCCGUGCUUUACCAACACGACGACUCCGACACUACACAGGACAAGAUAGAAAUGUCCCUCUUCCUUCUGCCUGACUAUGUUCUCCUCUGUAACGUCACCAUCUUUAUUCAUAUUCUUCCAAUCAACGACCAACCUUUUAGACUUUUGACUGAGACGCCGCAGAUACAAGUAGUGCAGGGCGAGAAUUAUACUAUCACUAAAAAAGAUUUGAUCACUGAGGACGCUGACACCGGUCCCUCUGGCAUACUUUACGAUAUUAUAAGCGGUCCCACCCAAGGAAGGAUCGUCAUGAUGGACAAAAAUUUGAGCAUUGACGAUGCUCAAUCAAUAAACAAAUUCACUCAAGAUGAUAUCAACAAUGGACGCGUAAUAUAUGAGCAUUCUGGCAUGCUUCAAACGGCCACCUUCUACUUUAGGGUAUGGGACGGACAGUUUAAGCCUAUGUAUAAGAUAUUCACGAUUGACGUGUUGCCUGUAUCGCUGAACGCGUCCGCAUUACACCCAGUAUUGUUGCAACAAGGCUCUAAUGUUGCUACGGUGACCGCCGAGCAAAUAUAUAUCGAAACGAAUGCCAAAAAGUACAAGGUAUGGUACAAUAUUACUCGACAACCUCUGCAUGGCAUGAUAUACGUGGGCAGGAAUCCAGUCACUUACUUCUCCCAUCGAGAUUUGAUGGACAAGGUGGUCAUUUACAUGCAGAACGAUAUGACAGCAGCCAGUGACAGUUUUGACCUCAUCGCGUACAUCCACAACAGUAAUGCAACAAAUCCUUUCACAAUUAACGUCCUGGUUCAGCCUCUCAUGGUUUUGAAAGAUAUUAAAGUUGACGGUGACAAGUCAAGAAUAACUCUUAGUAAUAUGGACGCAACCGGUCUAGCUAAGUUGACCGGAAGUAAUCCAUUAUAUACCAUUUUAAAUAAACCUAGGCAUGGUACUGUCAAGAACAUAAUAAGAAGUUCAGGAGGAAAUACCAGUGCGAGGGAAAGAGAAGUUCCUUACUUCACGCACGAAGAUAUCAAAGCAGGGGUAAUUUACUACGUGACCAAGAAGAGGUCUCACGAACUAUUCGGCAUGGAGGACAGUUUCCGAUUCCUACUGGCGGCGACGAUAUUUCAGCCGGCUGCAGGCGAAAUUAAAAUUUAUUUUGGAAGCAAAUCGAAAAAGAACUUGCCAGGGCCUAAUGAUCCCGAGGGUCACGAGGGAGUACUCGUGGCCAACGGCGACUCAGCCUCGUACUACCUGACGAUCCUGAUGGCGCUGUCUGGCGUGGUGCUGGCCAUGCUGGUGUUGCUGGCGCUGGUGCGGUGCCGGCGCUGCCUGGCAGGCGAGCGGCGCGCGCGCGCCAAGGCGCACGGCCAGAGCCAGGGCGCCGUGGCGCCCAUCCCGCUGCCGCGCCCGCCCGACCAUCUCAUGCCGUCGCCGGCGCACCCCACGCCACCCAUAAAACGGUACGUGUCAUCGGAGCAGUCUGUGCACACGGGUGCUAGCACGCCGCUGCCUUCGGGCGGCAGCGUGGCAUGCAAGGUGACGCCGCUAGCAGACGCGGCGUUGCCCGACCUCAACUCGAGGUACCCCUACGGCACCGAAGACCACACAGACGCGGAAGACUGGAGCAGCUACGAAGCCAGCGAGACCGCGUACCCGAUCAGGGCGCCCGGGGCAGCCCCGGCGAACCCCAUGCUGCGUCGCAACCAGUACUGGGUCUGACCCACGCACACCUUCACACUGCCCAGGCAACCUCGACCAGUAAUCCUCACGACGCACGAAGAAGGCUGCGUGACGUUGAACCGGCGGCUACCGCAGCGGCGCUACGCCGACUUUGUUCCUACGCCUUUCCUGCUCAGCAACUACGGAGUCAAGAAGCACGAAAACUGCGAGGUAACCCUCUGAGCAGUCUGAGCUCUUUACCUACUCAAACCAAAAACUAUUGAAUAAAAAUACUGUAAUAAUCAUGUUCCUAGGAAUUCCACAUUCGUAACAAUAAGCAAUUUAACCGAAUAAAUAUGUUUACGGGCAUUUGUUAUGCCAUGGAGUUGGUCGCUGUUGCGAGUGGGUGUGGCCUAAGUGUAAUGUAAGUUAGCGUUUCGCUGUUUUUUACAAUUGUGGUGCCAAAUUGUUUAAUUGUAAUAGUGUGAAAGAUGAAGGUUGUUAAUGAGCUCAUUUCUCUGCGGGUCGGCGUAUGAAUGUAUACUUGUAUAGUUAAUAGUAAAUGAUACGAAGGGUAAACAACGGCCCCAGGCGGGUACAGAUCGCAGUGACUUUCUGACAGGGCCGUUGGCGAUCAAGGCAGUUUUGACUACUACAAUACUAGUAACAUAAUAAAAAUCUAACAAAUUACUUUUCGUUUGCGAUUAACAUCAAAAGGCCUCUCAUUUUCAUUACAUAGGAAUCAUGAAUACAAAACCAAUAAGCGAUGUUUUUAAUCCUUGUAAUGUUUAAAGACCUAGAGUGAGGCUUGUGCUACCUAAAUUAAUUAAUAGGUACGUUUUUGUUUUUCUUAUGCGAGGAUGUCCUGAAGUACAUAAUAAACGUAGAAUCUAGAUUUAAUUUUUGGUCAAAUACCAAGACUGAGCACUAUAGGUUAAUAUUAGAGAAGUUUGCAGAUUUGGUCACACACCCUUAUCCAUAAGAAUAUUUCAUAAAUAGUAGAAUAGGUAUCUCAACAAAACAUUGCAACUUUUCGCGUUAGACCUACUAAAUCAACUGUUGUUAGGAAAAUUACAGCAGUAAAUGAAUACAACUAGAAACCAAUGUACGGAUCAUUUUGUUUAGAAUGGAGAACGUUUUGUUCCUACGACGCUUGCACGAAUGACACCGUCCUUAUGAUAUAUCUGGGAAGGAAUACGAAUACAUUUAUUGCUAUAUGCGAAGUGUUCGAUACGAUACCUAAUCUGUAUACGUUUUAACUUUUAGCUAUUUCUACGCAAUUAUAAUGAUUUAUUUCUAAAUUAUAGAAAAUAUUUAGUAAUUUAAAUGACCUAUGCUUAAAAAUAUGAAGGUUAUUUUACUAUCUGUUGGGACUGGUAUUAUAUAUUUGUACAUUAAAUUUUUAUAAAUUUUUAUUUUUAUGUACCAGAUUUUUAUGUUUUCAAUUUGUUUGUUCUACUAUUUGUUCUCAUAUAAAAAUGUUGACAAGAUCCUGCGUUAAGUCCUAUUUAAGUACUGACUCUUUGUCGUUGCACAUCUUAAAUAUUUACCUGAGACAUAAUAUAAACGUUGUGUCUUCGUUAUAAAUAUAGAGAUACAACUAAACACAUUUGUUGUGGCAAGGUCUGUAAACAGAGAACCUACUGUCACUGUAUGUAACGAGCGUGUAAGAUUUUUCACUUCACGGUAUAUUUUAGUGAAGUGCUUACCCUAAACUAAGCCAAGGACCGUGCCAAAGUUCUACUAAGAAUACAUUUAUACACAAGUUAUAAGUUUUAAUGAUUAGUAUAUAAUUUUAAGCUUGAUUUAAAAACUAAUUAUUAAGUUCAAUUACUAUUAAAAUUAAUCUUAUGUACGUUCUAUUAAGAGGUUUAAGUCUCAAUCAUAUUAUUUAUUAUUAUAUCAUAUUUAAUGAUGUUGAAGUAAACUGUAGGAAAAAUCUUUCAUCUAUUUAGCCAAUGUUUCUUUAAAAAGUUCUUCACAAGGAAAGACUUUAGUACUUACAAAUAUUCCUCAAAACGGAUUUUUAUCUCUGUGAGACUGUCAACAAAAUUGUUAGUCAAAUUAAGGCCAAUAUGGUGGGCAUAAGCCAUUAAAAUGUCCACACUCGGUGGUGUUGAUAAAAACCGAUCUUGUUUGAGACAUCGCCUCACAUAUUUAUAAUUAUUUUGUCAACCUUACCAAUAUUUUUUAUAAUGGACACAGUAAACUGUUAUAAGAACUGUAUUAUAAUUAUUUAUUAAAAUUUAAAAGGGUAAAGUCGGUUUACGAACAGUAGUUUGACGUGACAACUUUAAACAUUACAGUAGUAUAGAUUAAACAAUGAGAAUUUUAAAUGCAUGAAUUACUUACCUAUAUUGCCGCUAAAUACACAUUGACGUGACAACGUCAAACUACCGUCCGUAAACCGACUUUACAGAUAACUAAUUUUUUUCUUUCAAUCUUGUCUUGUAGCACUUUUUUAACAUUUUCGAAAAGUAAUCACAUGUCAAUUAUCGACAGUACAGUUAAACUAAUGCUUUAAUUAUUUUAAAAUGCAUUGCAUUAAUAAUUAUUGUAUCUGAAUUAAUUUAGUCCACUUACAAAGAGGGGUCUACAGAUAGAAAGAUUACUGAAAUGAUUACUUUCUAGUAUAGAUUGGAUUAUUAUUUUCCAUUGAAUGCUGAAAUUAUAGAAUGUUGCCAAAUUAUACAAUAACAACAAAAAAAAAAUAUUGUGAUAUAACAUAAUUUUAUAUAUAUUUGAUAAACCUUCAUUUGUGUAUGAUUUUAAAUAAACGCUAUAAAAUUUCAGUACGCGCCCAUGAAUAGUAAAGAACUGUAGCCUGUAAAAUUGAAUACAGGGUGUUCCGGAUUAAGUGCAUACUAUUUGACAUAAUAAUUAUCACUUCGUAAAAUAUACGGUUUAUGGUUUUCACUGAUUUUUAAGCAUCAAUCUUUGGAAUUUCAGUUUAAACUUUCCUUAUAAAAAAAUAAGUUAGUGUUUGACUGCAUGUUGUUCGACACACCUCGUAUCAAAUGUAAACGAGUGAGUAGAAUAAAAAAAAAACGUUUGUGCCAAACGACAGUAUCAACUCUUGCCAAUAUUAGUUCAAUGAAACCUUUUUCUACCUGAAAUGAUUGUUCGUUACCUACAUACAUACAAUCAUUUAAUUCACAAGAAUUUAUUCUAUUAUAUUUACUAUACGUUGUUAUCUUACUAUAUAUAAAACGAAGUGCCAAGUUUUGAAAUUUAUUUUCAUUGUCCGUUACGGAAGUCCGUUCGUUUUGUAGAACCAAGCUAUAUGCCAAACCAGAAAAUGUAGUACCAUUGUUCGAUUACUAAUCGUUCGUUUGAAUUUAUAGCAUGUACGAAAAAUAAUAAUAGUCUAAAAAAGAAAACGUAUAUCUAAGAUUUUAAAAAUAAGUUUAAUCUUUCCUUUAAUUGCUUUUUCAUGACUGAUACAUUCAGACAGAGGUACUUAUUGUAGACCAAUAUUCUAGUGCACAAUGUCUGACAGGCUAUGGAUGGGGAAUUGAGGAUGGACUUUAUGAGUAUAAUCCUCAAACCAGUCUUUGUGAAUUUGUAAUAGUUACUGACAUGUUCAUAAUGAUCUCGCUCAUAUUUGUAUGCAUUAUUAUGGUACACACUAGUAUAGGUACUAAAGUAUCAAGUAUAAAAAGAGGGAGCCAUGGCAGUGACAAUCGAAUCAGUGAAAAUAUAUUAUUGAAAUGAUGAAGAAACUUUUCGUUAUGCUCCACUGCUUCCAGAGCUAUUUGUGGUUGGGUGUUUGUUGACAUUGUUACGCUAUGGUAUUGGUUUGUGAUAUCUAUCUAGCUCUCGUUACCUACUCUGAAAUAGUAAUAUUUCAGAUUAUAAAUUAAGUAUGAUUAUAACGCUCAAAUUGUAAUGAAUCCAUAUUAGUAUCGUAGGUACUUUAUGUAUGAAUUCCGACGUUGUAGAUAGUUGCAGUUUUGACAGUCUAUAAUGUAGGCACACUUAUAAAUGAAAUAGAUUAAAUGACUAGAGACGAUUGUAUACAUUUGCUUUUUUAAUAAAAAUUAACAACAAAGAAUUAAGAAUAUAUUUAUGAUAUUUUAUUACUCGUUGAAUUCUGCUGAAGAUUUUUGUCAGUCGUUUUUAAUAUUGGUGUGGCCUGCAGUGUUUAGUAUAGUGAUAGCUAGUUAUAGUAAGUAAACCGGUUUAAAAAAAUUAACUUCAGGAUUCUUUAUAAGUUUUUUAAGAAGACAAUGGGUUAAGAGUUGCAUUUAUGUUUGACCAUUGUUAUGCAUAAAAAUGACAUAAGUGACGAUGUGAAAAUCCGUAUCCUGUAUUAAUUUCUACCAUUUAGGUAGUUAACAGUUUUUUAAUAAAUAAUAACACAAUAA